AGUAGUUGCUGAGACGAGCAGGGGGGACUGUCGUCUCGUAAAAACAUCUGAGCUGUCAUCUGUGAAUAAAGGGGUGGGAAGCCUCUCGAAUUGCCUCUCUUACAAACACAGAUGAAUUUGGAUCAUGAAAACUUUUUCUUAGAGCACAGAGGAAAUCUUCUACCUGUGCUUUUUUUUCUCUGACGAUGAUUUUACUAAAUCUAGUUUACGGUUCUGCUCUCCCACCUGUGCAUGAAUCUUUCUGAAAGUUUAUUGAAGUCUAGAGGGGAGUUAUUUCUUUAGCAGAGCUGCAGCCAUGCAGCAGGAGCUUCUCUUCAAAGUCCUGGUCAUCGGGGACUUGGGAGUGGGAAAGACGUCCAUCAUCAAGCGGUACGUGCAUCAGAUCUUCUCCCAGCACUACAGAGCCACCAUCGGGGUGGACUUCGCCCUGAAGGUGCUUCAGUGGGACACUGACACUGUGGUCCGUCUUCAGCUGUGGGAUAUUGCAGGUUUGUAAAUCUUUAACAGCUCCAUAAAGCUUAUCCUAGUUAACAGGUUAAAGGAGCAUCAGAUGGUUUCUAAGGAAAGAUCAGAGCAAAGAUUGAUCUGCUUGAGUUUGAGGAUCUUUGGCAUCAUAAUUAUCCAUUUGAAAAUGUAAAGGCAUCAAAACUGUUCGAGCUGCUUCUGGAAAUAAACUCAUGACAUUAAUCUGAUCACACCUAGAAGCAAGCAUGUGAACUUUAUUAAAGUUGUUAGAGUUCUCACAUGUCUUUCUUUCUUUCUUCUUUCGUUACCUCAAACUUAAAGAACAACAACAACAAAAAAACCAACUAGAAACAAAAACACCGAACAAAAUAAUACAUAUGUACACCAAACAAGUGUACCUGACAAAGAUAGAUUAACACAACAUAUGUAUGUCAAAAAUAAACAGUUUGAGAAGGAACAGAAUGAAGCAAAAAGCUUAUCUAGUCCUGCCCCUUCCUUGCAAAUUAGAGAUUAAAAAAAAGAAAAAAUCUAUUUGUAAAAGAAUUUAACACUUUUCUCCUCUCAAAGCUUUUACACCGUGUAAACUAAUAAUUAAAACAAUAGCAAACAGACAAUUAAAGUGGGAUAAGACAGGCACACGCAAACAUCUAUAUCUUCUUAUUGACUCCUUUGUAUGUAACAGCAAAUAUAUUUCAUUUUACAAAACUGUAUCAGGGCUAAAAAGAUAUAAAAGUGAAGUUUUAAUAAAUUUUUGGAAAGUGAUUUUGCUAAUGUGUGUCUGUCCGUUGGAUGCCCUGUUCCUCCCUGUCAUUUGAAGCCUGGUUGAGGAAUGUGGAUCUUGUGCCUGGCUGUGACUCAAGUAAUCCCAUGCUUAUAAUAUAAGUCACAUGGUAGCAGCUAUUGCACAAUACACACACACACACACAUGCGCACACAAACCCACACUACCUAUAUAUAUGUCACUAAUUAACCUUGCUGUGAGUUAAUUUAAUUUUACAGUCUUGAAAGGUGUCUUUAUGUGAAUACUCUGUGUGUGUGUGUGUGUGUGCGUGCGUGCGUGCGUGCGUGCGUGUGUGUGUGUGUGUGUGUGUGUGUGUGUGUGUGUGAUGGCUGCCCGUGUGUCCCAGGACAGGAGCGAUAUGGGAACAUGACUCGCGUUUACUACCGUGAGGCAGUGGGGGCGCUGAUGGUGUUUGACGUGACGAGGGCCUCGACGUUUGACGCUGUGCUCAAGUGGAAAGACGACUUAGAUUCAAAGGUGAAGCGUCUGAAGUUGAUCCAUCUACAACACACAAAGUUAAAGCUAAUGUGGGUGUCGUAGUUGAAGAAAAGUUGUCUCUACUCUUGAUAUUGAAUCGUCCACCUUAAGCCAAGAGGUCAAGACUGUGGAAAAAAUCUAAGACUGAUCUAAAGAUUUAAUUGAGAAUUAUUGACUGUGAUGCCAAAAAAACAACCCCAACACACCAUCACUCUCGUGUUUUCUUAUCCAUCUUGUCUGUAAUUGUUUGAAAGUGUAAGACUCAUUUACAGCUUUCAGAAGUCGGUGUGUGAAAGCUGUGUUUGAAGGUGCUGUCUCAACACCCACGCUAGUCUAAAAGAAGAAUAUAACAGCUGCUAUAUUAAAAGGCUGAGUCACAACAAUCAGCGUCUGUGUUAAUAUGUUGUUUCCUGGAAGGCACGGGGUUGCACUGGGUUGAACAAAUCACAUAGUUGGUUGAAAGUGAAUUAAAGUGACUCCACUUAAGUUGAAGUAGUACCUUAUUAUUUCACUGACAUUAAGACUUGACAUUAAAACUGAUUUUUUUGUGUUCACUCCUUGUAACAAUAGUCCUACAAUGAUCAUGUAACUGGUCACAGGAGAUCAACUUUUAUGGAAAUUGACAAUCUAAUACAAGUUCGUUUUGUUGGCUAAAAAUUUUUGGUUUGUGUUGAUUUUGGUGCCCCCUGUUGACAAACCAGUCUUUGCCUUCUGACAAAACAUCAUACCCUGCUGACUCCUGAUAGUCAAAUUCAUCAUUUAUUAAGAACAUUUUAUGCGGAAAAUGUGAAAUUAAAUCUCUGUUUCUUCAGCUGCUUGGCGACCCUCCCAAACAAAAGGCAAUAAAAAUUUUUAAAUCAAGUUUGUCAUUCUUGUCCCUAGAUUGGAUUAGAUUUGAUUAGAUUAGAUUAAAUUUGAUACUAGCUUAUUUGUCUUCAAGGGAGUUCCCUCAAGGAAAUCAAAAAAUAGGCACCAAUAUGAAUUUCCGUCUGUUACAUAAGCGUCCAAAAACUUCGCACAGGAGAUUUAUGUUUGUGCAGAAAUUUAAAGGAGGAGUUCUUAGCAAGUGAUGAAACUACCUAACAUUCAUACAAAUGUCUCCCUGUGAUUUACAAAAGAAAACAAGACCAAUAGUAACAAGAUAAAUUAUUUACACAGAGUUAGUUUUAAGACUAACUCUGUCUUAAAUAUGUCUAUUGAAGGAUACAACAAUUACAGCAUUGUGGGAUUUGUGUAGAAGAAAACAGUAUUAGCGAGAUAGACAUUUUUAAAACAAUUUUUAACUAGCUGUUAAAUAUUCCUACAGUAACAUUUAACUAAUGCUGAAAGACGUGGCGUAAUAUCACACCUUGUGCCUGUUUUUUUAUCCCCCUCAGGUGACCCUGAACCAUGGGAGACCAGUUCCAACUGUGCUAUUGGCCAAUAAGUCCGAUCAGUUGGCUUAUCAGACGCCCAAACUGGACUCCUUUUGCAGAGAGAACGGCUUUGUUGGCUGGUUUGAGACUUCGGCAAAGGUAUGAUAGCAGGGACGCUGGAUUCUUAGAUCACAACAGUGGAAUAGAUAUCCAAAGUAAGUUAAACCAGAAUUUGACACUGACUGAAAACUGCCACUCAUUUAACAGUUUUGGUCCAGAUAGGAGUCCCCUCCUCUGAAUAUAGCGUGUCCAUAAAAUCUGUGAAAACUAAAACUUACUGGAGAAAAUGUGAUUACUCAAAUCACGGUUGUUGCUGUACUGAAAAAAAGUGUUGUUUACUGAGCACACAGGAGCUUUUUGGAGGAAUGUCUACAGUCAGAUGUGAAAUAGUCUCCUGCUUAUCCCUCACAGUCAGACCCCGUCUAAUGAGUUACACACCAGAGUGAGAUCCAGAUUGAACUCAGCCGACUGGUCAGACGUAACAGGACAGAAAUAACAGUUUCCCUUGUGUGUCAGAGUGAAACCUACAAGUUUUAUCAAGACGGUUUAGUUUAAAAGUACGUUAUUUUGAUGAUAAUAAAACAAGGCUUUACAUCUACAGAAGGAAUAAACAGAUAAAUCGCACAGUCCUUCUCGAUGCUUCAGUCUCAUUUGUCUUGUUGUGACCUUAAACUGGUUGUAGGAACAUUCGUCAGCUAAAGGCCUAAUUAUUCUCCUGUGAUUGUACUUUUGGGAUGUUCUAUUCAACACAAAAUAAAUUUAAAUGUGUUUUUUUGGUGACAUUUAAAGGGAUAUUCUGGCGUGAAUUCAAGUUACAGUCAAACACACCACUGAGUUAGACACCCCCUCGAGAGAUGAAUUUUGCCGACUGCUUGCUUCUCUAGUUAUACCAACUUUAGUAACGACCACAGAUAGCAAAACACAGUGGUCUAUGUCUUCACGUGCAAACCUCAACCAAAACGCCACUCUAUAGCCACAAAUAAUGCUCAGAACAGCACCUAACUUCAUCAACAGUACAUAUAGGGUCCCAGCCAUAGUACUAGCCACCAAACAUCUUUUUAACUUCAACUGAUUUCUUUAGCAGAGAGACUAAACACAACUCACCCACUCUCCUCCAGCAGCUGCUUGUUUGUUGUGGAGCCCUGAUGAGGCGAUCACAGAGUGCAGCAGAGUUUCGCAGCUCAAGGAAGAACAUUUAUGAUCAUUUACUUCAUGGAAGUUUAUUUCUGUGGUUGAGAUUGAAAUCUGGAACUCCCUACAGAAUAAUUAAAAGGGCAGCACAAACAUAUUUCAGUUCAAAACAAAGUAUAAUAACAAAAUAUGAACCCGACGAGUAGUGUUUUGUAAUAUGCAUAUGUUCAUUUGGUUGUAAUAUUGUUUGUAAAGUUAUAGGAAAAUAACCUGAAGUGGACAGACCAUCUUAUAUAAUUGUUUAUUUCUGUUUUGAGUGAGGGGCAGGUAAAAUAAGCUUUGUCUCUACCAGCUCCCUUCCGGUCAUGUGCUGUGCUACAUUUGUUACGUGCCUUUUGUAUGGAAAUGCUUAAAAAUGGCCAUGGGCAGAACAAAUAAAAAACGAAAACAAAAUGCAAUCAGACCGAGACGCUAAGGCAGAAGAACUACCAUGUCUGCAGCGCAAAAUGAUUAUUAUGAUGAUUAUUAGUUCAGGGAAAUGAUCCGCUGCACUCAGUGAUCGACUCGUCAGGGCUCCCCCACAAACAAGCGGCUGCUGGAGGUCAGUGGGUGAGUUGUGGAGACGUAGACUGCUGUGUAUUGCUAUCAUGUGGCCAUUACUAAAGUUGGGGUAACUAGAGAAGCAAGCAGUUGUCAACAUUUAUCUCUCGAGUGGGUGUCUAACUUGCCGUUACAGUGUGUUUGACCAUAACUUAAUUUUACGCUGGAAUAUCGCUUUAAAUACCUUCAUGAAAGUCUAAGCGAUGCUAGUCUAGAUAUUUCCCUCUUACCCACAUAUACUGGCCUCAUGGCAGUACUGGAUCUUCAGUCACACCAGUAGUUUUGGCAGCUAGAGUCACUGUGACUGUGUGUACAAAAACCCCUGCAUUGCAGUCUAUCUAAGAGUUCUGGAGUCACAACACCUCAGUCCAAACAAAGGUAUUACAUCUGCUGACUAAUGCUUUAGUGUUUCCAAGACUUGUCGUACAUCAUCUCUUUACAUUUGUCUUCAUGUCUACUUGCUCUCAGGAAAACACAAACAUCGAGGAGGCCGUCUGCUGCUUGGUCGAGCACAUCCUGAACAACGAGGAGAGCCCGAUAACAGAAAGAGAUCCCGGCUCCCUCGUCUUAUCCGGCUACACCAACACCAAGAAGAACCGUUUCAGUUGCUCGUCCUGUGUGAAAUGGUGACUGAAAACCCGGAGGUGGACAGCUUUUCGACUCAGGGACUGUUUGUAAAAUGCUGUUGUCGUGGUGAUGUGUAAGGAUAUGAAACAGUUGGUUAUAACGGUAUGAUGUGUUCACACUAAGAUCACCACAACAGACCUGUAAGGCACAAAAAAUAGAUAUUAGCAUUAGAAGAGAAUAAUAAAAUUCGACACAUAGGUCAUGAUUAUUUAUGUUUAUGAAAGUCUUUAUAAUGUUUCUGUUUAUUUAAAAGAAAAAUAGGAUUUGAAUUUGAUCUGUUCUGACUGUAUUUUUAUAUAUUUUAGUUAUGGGUUACAGUUUAAAGUAAAAAAUACAUAUAUUAAGGCUUGUUACUAAAAGACUGCUGUGCCAUACAAACCAUGCAGUCGUACUUUUCUCUUUAAAGUUAUAAAGUUUGAAUAUUAAAAAUAAUAAUAAUAAUAAUAAUAAUAAUAAUAAUAAUAACUGCACAAAUUUCUUACCUAAAAUUCAUGUAAGCUGCCUGUAUGCGCUCACCUAGUUUAAUGUAAAACAGUGUCAUAGUGCUUGAGUCCAAACAACAUGGGCAUGUCCAACGAAGUAUUUAAAAGACAUGAAAAUAAAAACAGCUGCAAAUGCUCCAAA